GGAGUUGUCGCAGCCCAAUGCCUAAGUACUCGUAUCAGAGCAACGGCUCACAAGCCUCAUAGUCAUUGCGAUACCCACAGUUGUUAAGUGAAGUCUGGUUGUGGAAAAUUGUGCGCAUAAUGUGUGGAUUUUAUAAAAUUCUAUUCCUGCUGAUUUGCACUGGUGUCGUAAUGAGGAGACGAGCAGAAGCAGUGCCAAAAUCUGAUGAAGCGUUGAAGGACAAAAUCAAACUUUCAAAUAUCGCCACGAUCGCUGAUGGUAAAUUGGAGAGGACCAAACGCGGCUUUUUAGAUUAUCUGCUGUAUGGACUCUAUGAGUACUUCGAUUAUGGCGAGGAAUCUGAUUCCGAAGAGGAUGAGAAAUACUUAAUUUGCCGAAAUUGUACGAUUCUUAUUAACCAGUCAAAUAAUGAGAGAAUCCCGUCUACCGGACCAUCAACCGUACCAGCUAAUAUGACGGCUGGAGUUGUACCGAACGGUAAUAAUGCGACCAACGGAGCAGCUCCUCCUUCCUCAGACGUUUCAAUGUCAUCAGACUCAUCAGGUAAUGGUAAUAAAACAUCUGGAGAACCCGCGAUGAAUUCGGAGAUGCGUUGAAGAAUUUUUAGAAAUGCACAUAAAAAUUAAAAAAACAGCAACAUUCAUAAUAUGGGUCGUUGUUAAAAAAUCAAAUAAAAACUGAAAAGUAGCACCAUUACAUAUGUAAAAUAUGCACCUUUAUAUAGACAUAAGCUUACCUAUUUACAUAUCUAUGUAUUUUAAACAUUUUUUAUAUAAUAAGAGGAUGUGGUAAAAAUUA